AUAAUUAGCCUUGCCCCAAGUCGGUAUUUUUUACUUUAUCUGAUCUUGAAUUAUUACCGCCUUGUGUAAUCCGAUACAUCUCCACUGUUAUUAUGAUAAAUUAUGCACCAACUAUUACGUGUGCACUAUAGCAUUAGCCAAUAGCGGUAGUCAUACACAAAAAUCAAUAAAUAAAUCCACGUGUUCGCCAUGCGGUUGUGAAGUUAUAUGCGGCAUGCUUGCAGUCUGCAAAUCCAGGCUUCUCCUUUAGCAAUCUCUGUAUGGAGUCCUAACACCCCUCUGGUUUUACUGAUGACAUUAACUUGGACGCGUCCACUAUUGAAUAAAGUAGUUUGUACACGUGCCAACGUCCUCAAUUUCCCCAUACAUUAGUGCAAUCAACACGCCGUUUUUGUUUGAAACAAAAAUUUUAUAUGGAGAACAACAAGUCGUCAGUUGUAAAGGAUAUCAACCUUAAUUCAACAAUGAACUACAAUGUCAAUGAACAACUGGAAGAUGGACAAAUUCCUGACUUUUCAAGUCAACUUCAAAGGGAUAGUUCAAAUUUGCUGCAAGGGAACAUUUUCUCUGGCGAGGAAAAUCCAACUCCGGGUAGCAUGCCAUCCCACACCAUCACCAGCGGCAUAGACAUUGACAACAACAUCAACAGUGACUUCAUGAAUCGUGGGCUCAUUCCACCAGGAAAUGAGGGGCAUGAUAUGAACUCACAAGGGAAGGACUUGACUUGCCAGUCAAAUUUCAACCCUACUUUGGAUACUCGUGAUUCUGGGCUCACCUCCCUACCCGGGACUGAGGUGCAGGACACAUCCAACUUUCAACAUCACCACCCUACAACAGGGAGAGACUUCAUACAGUCUAAUAGUCUGAAUUCAAUAGGAUUCAGAGCAACAAACACUUUACCAUCUAAGAGGUUUUCAAAAUCUCAACAACAACAACACUCCGAACUGCGGACCUAUCAAAAUCAACAACCAGGGCUAGCCUCAAGUAUAUCGCCAGAUAUGGUCCAAGAUAUUAUCAAAGGACUGACUCCAACUCUUGAAUUGCUCGUAGCAAACAAACAACUUGACGUUGAACUUCUAGGUGAAACAACCAACAGAAGCAGGUCCGCUAAAAGAAGGGAGGUACAAAGAGCGAAAAAGCGAACUGUUUCGCCGUCUAGUCUACAGUAUGUUUCCCGGACCGGGCAUCUAGCCCCAAACGGGCAAGAAGUGAUCAUCCCUACAGCGAACUGGACUCGCCCGUGA